AUGUCCUGGAAGAUCUCUACAUCGCUCCAUAAUGCAGUACUGGGUGGAGUUAGUUUCUACUGUAAAUAUAUUGGAGAAUAUUUAACACUACAGAGAAUCACGCUGGUUGGGUCACAAAUGUCGUCAUAUUUCCACAGGGCUCUGGUCAAUGGCAGGGAUUCACUCUCUCCCUGUCUCUGCCAGUCAUUCAGCUCUCUCCCUGUCUCUGCCAGGCAUUCAGCUCUCUCCCUGUCUCUCCCUGUCUCUGCCAGUCAUUCAGCUCUCUCCCUGUCUCUGCCAGUCAUUCAGCUCUCUCCCUCUCUCUCCCUGUCUCUGCCAGGCAUUCAGCUCUCUCCCUGUCUCUGCCAGGCAUUCAGCUCUCUCCCUGUCUCUCCCUGUCUCUGCCAGGCAUUCAGCUCUCUCCCUGUCUCUCCCUGUCUCUGCCAGGCAUUCAGCUCUCUCCCUGUCUCUCCCUGUCUCUGCCAGUCAUUCAGCUUUCUCCCUGUCUCUCCCUGUCUCUGCCAGGCAUUCAGCUCUCUCCCUGUCUCUCCCUGUCUCUGCCAGGCAUUCAGCUCUCUCCCUGUCUCUCCCUGUCUCUCCCUGUCUCUGCCAGUCAUUCAGCUUUCUCCCUGUCUCUGCCAGUCAUUCAGCUCUCUCCCUGUCUCUGCCAGUCAUUCAGCUUUCUCCCUGUCUCUGCCAGUCAUUCAGCUCUCUCCCUGUCUCUGCCAGGCAUUCAGCUCUCUCCCUGUCUCUGCCAGUCAUUCAGCUCUCUCCCUGUCUCUCCCUGUCUCUGCCAGGCAUUCAGCUCUCUCCCUGUCUCUCCCUGUCUCUGCCAGUCAUUCAGCUUUCUCCCUGUCUCUCCCUGUCUCUGCCAGGCAUUCAGCUCUCUCCCUGUCUCUCCCUGUCUCUCCCUGUCUCUGCCAGGCAUUCAGCUCUCUCCCUGUCUCUGCCAGGCAUUCAGCUCUCUCCCUGUCUCUCCCUGUCUCUGCCAGGCAUUCAGCUCUCUCCCUGUCUCUCCCUGUCUCUGCCAGGCAUUCAGCUCUCUCCCUGUCUCUGCCAGGCAUUCAGCUCUCUCCCUGUCUCUCCCUGUCUCUGCCAGGCAUUCAGCUCUCUCCCUGUCUCUCCCUGUCUCUGCCAGGCAUUCAGCUCUCUCCCUGUCUCUGCCAGGCAUUCAGCUCUCUCCCUGUCUCUCCCUGUCUCUGCCAGUCAUUCAGCUUUCUCCCUGUCUCUCAAAAUGACCUGCAUAAACAUGGUUCCAUUGUUUAAACCCAGUACAGGACAGAGAGCUUUGUUAAUUUACACCCAAAAUCAUGUUUUUUUUUUUAUUAGCUAAAUCAAUUUCUUGCAUCCCAAAUUCUAGUUGUUUUUGUUCCUCAGGUUAAAUGAAAGCUUUUGGUUGUCAAAUGCUUUAGAUUCUACCGCUAAGACAUUUCAAACAGCAAUAAUGAUCUCAUCCACCUGCAGGUUCUGCUUAAAGGACGACUUCUGUCUCACAUCUGAAUUCACAUGUCAUAGUUAUGGUUUUUAAUCUGCUUUUUAACAGGCAUUUUGCCCUGAAUAGCUAUUAUUUCAGUUAGCCUUUAUUUAAUCUUAAUAGUUGCUUGUAAAUGUCCUUGUACAUACUGCAUAUUUUGUAAAGAAAGUAAGAAUGCGGUUUAAUUCUGUUACGAAUAAAAGGAGUUUGUUGUUCUGA